CUUUUACUCUCCCUUCAACACCACACUGAGACUUCUGUUCAUUCUCUUCUCGCAUACACCUCAGUGCUUGUCACGGCCGUCACGAUCGCUACCGCAAGGACACAGUUUCUUUCACCCUCGGCCCCAGAUCGCAUUGUCCCCAGCCUAGUUCUCACCUCAAAAGGACCCCAGCGCUGACCCCAACACUGACCUGCGUCACGCGCUCCUUCGUUCAUUCGCCAGGAAGUUCGCCGCGACGAGAUUUUGCGACCGUCUUUCCAGGGCUUCCUCAACUUCCCCCUGGAAAUUAGCUCCUUCGAAUCAUAUUGGUGCACUCACCAACAGCUCGUCUGCAAUACCCAACGACGACUCGGCUGCACCAGAGAGCGUGCACCGACCAUGGCCGCCAACGACUACUACUCGUCUUUCGGGGCCAGCAACUCUCAUUCCGACAACCGCACCGAUGCUCCUUUACCACCUGCUCCAGGCGCUCAGUCGACACACUCAAUAUCGCCCGUAACAAGUCCCUUUGACGACACGAACCAAUACGACUACCUUUCGACCAGUCACCAGAACCUGGCGCAACAUCCCGCUCCCAUGGGUUACGACGACACAGCAUACCAUGGUUCGACAAACCAAUAUCCCCAAAAGCCCUAUUUUUCAAACCCACAUCAUAGCGACCCCUUCACAGAUCACAACGCAAUACCCCUACAUUCGCAAGGGAAGAUGGGGUCAGGUUCGACGGGAUAUCAGAUGGAUCCCGAAGGCAGCUCCUAUCAGACAGGUCCUACAAGGUAUAGUCGGAGUAGAAAGAAAGGCUGGUUUAGUGGCAGGAUAACCUGGGUGGUGUAUAUCUUGACUGUCGUUCAAAUUGGUGUUUUUAUAGGCGAACUGGCCAAGAAUGCCGCUCUUACGAGUUCACCUAUACAAACAAAGCCACGAUUCAACAUCAUGAUAGGACCCGGUCCAGGAACCCUCAUCGUCAUGGGAGCGCGUUAUGCUCCAUGCAUGCACAACAUCAGAAACGUAACAGACUUUCCAGAAGUGUUCCGUUGGCCCUGCCCCAACAGCACAACCGACGAUCUAAACUCACCUUCCCGUCAAUGUACACUCCAGCAGCACUGCGGCAUGGGCAGCGGAGUUCCCGAACAAAUCCAUCCGACUCCUUUCAGAGACCGCUCGCGCGAGCCCAACCAAUGGUGGCGAUUCAUCACGCCCAUCUUCCUCCAUGCCGGCAUCAUCCACAUUGGCUUCAACAUGCUCCUCCAACUAACCCUGGGCCGAGAUAUGGAGAAGGAAAUCGGCGCCAUCCGCUUCGCCCUCGUCUACUUCAGCGCAGGCAUCUUCGGCAACGUGCUAGGAGGCAACUACGCCGGCCCCGCACUCCCCUCGACCGGCGCCUCUGGCGCCCUCUUCGGCGUCCUGGCCCUCGUCCUGCUCGACCUCCUGUACAACUGGAACUCGCGCCCCUCGCCCGUCAAAGACCUGCUCUUCCUCCUCCUCGACUUCGCCAUCGCCUUCGUGCUCGGCCUCCUUCCGGGCCUGGACAACUUCGCCCACAUUGGCGGCUUCCUCAUGGGCCUCGUCCUCGGCAUCUGCCUCCUGCAUUCCCCCGCCGCGCUGCGCGAACGCAUCGGCGUCGACGAACCCCCCUACUCGACGGUCGAGAAUCCCACCAUGAGCGGCGCCCUCGGGGGCAAACCGGCCCUGAACGCCUUCGUCAAGAAACCGGUCGGCUUCUUCAAGGGCCGGAAGCCGCUCUGGUGGGCGUGGUGGCUCGUGCGUGCGGGCAGCCUGGUGGCUGUGUUUAUCGGGUUCAUCCUGCUGCUGAAGAAUUUCUACGAGUGGCGGAAUGAGUGUAGUUGGUGCAUGUAUUUGAGCUGCUUGCCCGUGUAUGAUUGGUGCAAGAUGGGCGAUUUCGAUAUCCGCAUCGCCGAGAACAAUCCCACGCAGGGGCAGGAUCAGAGUCAGAAUCCGGCCGCGUUGAUGGCGAGGGCGUUGUUGGCGGGUGGCGGUGUGCUAUAGAUUGAUGUGGGAGUGGUUGAUGUGUUUCGAAACGCGUAGUUAUUUUUAUAUGCUUGUUUCUGUUAUUCUACCGAGUGUAUUUGUGUACUGCUGUUCAUCCUCACGAGAGCGUCGGUUGCAUAUUGCUGCAUCAGUCAGUUGGUUUCUUGUUAGGUUUGGUGGGGAGAGGAAAACCAGGGGUUGGCGGCGCUCAAGGGAAGAGGGGGAAUUUGCAUGGAGGGGAGUUGGCAAAGUUAGAAGUACGACGGGAGGGGUAAGAAUAAGAGAAAUGUAAUGUUUUUGCCGUUGAUGGC